AUGUCAAACGAUAUAAUCAGAAUACCACCCUAUUACUACAUUCACGUGUAGGAUAGGAAUGCGAACAUUACCAGAUUGGUUUAAGGCCCUCUGAAUUUCAGCAAGCUUGAUCAUGAGAUCAUAGUUACUGGAAAAAGUCCAGUUCCAUAUAUUUUCUUGAAACCAUAUCACUACUGCCAGAUCAAUGAUCCAGUAGUUAGAGACGGUGACAAAAAGCUUGUACUUGAAAAGCACGGUCAAGUUAAAGUUAAAAUCGGUGAAAGUGAAUACAGAAUUCAUCAAGACUACCCUGAACCAUUCCCACUAUUCCCUGGUGAGUCUCUAGUCAAAACUGAUUCAAUCCCUGUUGUCCCAAGAGGCUAAUCCAUUAAACUGGAAGCUGUCAGAGACUUCACUGAUGAGGAUGGAAAGAAGAGAAUGUCUGGAGACUAGUGGAUCAUGUACGGACCAAUUCUCUACAUUCCAAGAGUCGAAGUCUAAGUGCUAUAGAUUUCAUCACCCUAUGUAAUUGGUGCAAAUCAAGCCAUUAAGGUCAAGGCUAAAAGAUAGACCAAAGACUAUAAGAACAGAGCAAGAGAAGCUGGAGAGGAAUGGCUGAUUAGAGAGAGAGGGCCAUACGUCUGUGGAAUCGACGAGGAAUAUUGCCACUUUGUUCACGGUCAAAUCAUAGACCAAAAGUCAGCUAUCUUACUGAAGGCUAAUCAACCAUUCGAAGAUGUCUAUGGCAAGCUAAGAAAGGCUGGAGAGCAAUGGCUAGUAACUAACUAGGACGCCAGUGUACACAUUGUAGACAUUCAUGAAACAUUCGUCGAGACAAGAUACAGAAUUAUCUUGAGAGAUGACGAAUUCUGCUACAUUCUCAACCCAGUAGAUGAUAAAGGCUAGAAUCAACUUGGAAAAAAGAUUCUCAAAACAGGACCUUAAAGUUUCUUCGUCCAACCCGGUGAAGAAAUAGCUGGAGGAAUCCAAAACGUUUACAUCCUCGGAGAAGACGAGGCUCUGCUCGUAAGAGCUGAGGAGACUCAUACCGAGGCUGAAGGUAAGGUGAGAAACGCCGUUGAUAGAUGGAUGAUCUAUGGACCUUGCAGAUAUAUUCCACCAGUUGAGGUAUAUAUCAUUGAAAAGAGAAAAUCCAUCCCACUAGAUACAAAUGAAGGAAUCUAUGUCAGGGACAACAGAAACGGUUCGAUCAGAUCAGUAUGCGGCAGAACUUACAUGCUUCAAGAACAUGAAGAGCUAUGGCCAAUGCCACUUGACACUACAGUUGAGGAGCUACUAGGCUUUACUGGGAAGAAAAGAGACAAGACCAGAUUGAUCACCUACAAAUGCCCAUUCAAUUCUGCUGUCUAAGUUUACGACUACAAGAGAAAGAAGUCAAGAGUUAUCUUGGGUCCAGACCUUGUCAAGCUUGAACCUGAUGAACAGUUCACGGUGAAUUAUCUUUCAGGAGGCAAGCCAAAGAAACCAGGCGUCAUCAAGACACUCCACAUUGGUUUAGGUCCAGAUUUCUUCUCUGAUAUCUUUUAGGUUGAAAGUAGUGAUCACGCUAUCUUAUCCUUGCAACUGUCAUAUAACUGGCAGUUCCAAUUCAACAGAGAAGACAUGGACUCUCUUGUAAAGAUCUUUAAUGUAAAGGAUUUCGUCGGAGAUGCCUGUAGUGCAAUAGCCUCUAAGGUCAGAGGAGAAGUAGCUGGCACCAAUUUCGAACAAUUCCAUAAGCUAUCAACUAGAAAGAUUAGACAAGCUAUCUUUGGACUUGAUAAGGAGGGAAAGAUCUAAGAUAAGUUUGAAUUCUUGAACAACAACCUAUUGAUAACUAAUGUCGAUAUUCAGAAGGUCGAGCCAGUUGAUGCAAAGACCAAGCAGUCCCUUCAAAAGCUCGUGACCCUUGCCAUUGAGAUUACUACUAAGAUGCAAGAAGCUGAGGCAAAGAAGCUUGCAGACCAAAACGAGCAAGAGGCUAAGGCAAGACUUCAAAAGAGAAAGAUUGAAGAUGAGGCACUGGCUGAGAAGGAAAGAAGAGAGCUGUAUAACCUGCAAGCUGAGUGCGAGUCAAUCAGAACCACUGGUCAAGCUAAGGCUGAGGCUAAAGCUUUAUCUUUACAACUUGAGAUUGAAGGUAAGGCAUAAGUUCAAAUUGCUGAACUUAAAGCCAAAGCUCGCAGAAUUUUAGAGCAUGCAAAACUUAGAUAUGAAAAAGAAGUAGCAUUGCUUGACCUCGACAGAACAACAAGACUUAAGUAAUUAGAAAUCAGAAAAGCCGAAACUCUUGGAGAGAUCGAUUCUAACAAAUUCAAGCAGUACGUUGAAUGCUUGGGCAGAGAUACUCUUGUGGAGUUGGCCAAGGCUGGUCCAGAGCUCUAGGCUGAGAUUCUUAAUAGUCUCGGCUUGAAGGGUUACAUGAUCAUGGAUGCAAACAAUCCAAUCAAUCUCUUCCAGUCAGCAAAUGGCAUCAUGAACACUCUACCCGUCAACUUGCCUAAAUGA